UGGGUGGAAGAUUCUUAGCUCUCGGCUGGACUACUUGACACUACUUCCGGGGCGUGGUUCCUCCCAGGCUGCUAGUAGAUCUAAGGAGAUCUGGAAGGAGGGAAUUCGCCUCUGAGCAGAAUAAACCCUAGGCAGUCGAGUAAGAUUUUAGUUAGAACUUGCAGACUCACGGCCUGCUAGUGGGAAAAGCAUUUCUCUCUAUAGCGCUUCUGCGCCGCCCACAAGUGUGGGAUAAGACUACAAGUCCCGACCCGCCGGAGUCCAGGAGCGGGGGCAGGAGAGGGCGGUGGUGAGAAAGAGAGGCAUGCUGGGAACUGUAGUUGUGUCACCUCCACGUUCACAGCAGAUCCCCGGCCUGGACCAAAGACUCCAGCCCGCCAGCCCCCAGCCCCCCUCUCCUUCCCACGGACCAAAGCAGCCCAAGGCCUCCUCCGCCCCACUCCCCUUCACCCAUGCUGUCACCGCGGGCCUUCAGCUACAGCCCGGCCCCGGCCCCGGCCCCGGCCCAGGGCCCGCGCCCCCCCACAGCCCGGUUCGGCCAGGAAACACGAACCCGCCUCCUCUGCCCUCCAGCUGCGGUCGCACCGCCUCAGGAAUGGAUCAUUAAUAGGGGCUGUGAAAUAUUAUCGUGCCACGUAAAAUCCAUCCAGUGUAUUGACUGGGCUCAGGCCCAAUUAUCAAUAGAAAGCCCCAAAACAAAACAAGCAAAAAUCCCUUUCAUGCAGUGACUGCUAAUAUUUUAGAUUAAAAUUAAAUUGUAGACAGAGGCAAAUACUGAAUGGUCUCACUUAUAUGUAGAAACUAAAAAAGAAAAAAAGAAACCAAGCUCACAGAAAAAGAGAUCAGACUUUUGGUUACUAGUGGUAGAUGGUGGGGGAGAGGAGAAUUAGGAAGAAGAUGGGCAAAAAGUACAAACUUCCACUUAAUAAGAUUAAAUAAGUACUGAGGAUGUAAUAUGCAACAUGAUGAUUAUAGUUAACACUGCUAUAUAAUAUAUAUGAGAGUUGUUAACAGAGUAGAUACUGACAGUUAACAUCACAAGGAGAAAGUUUUUUUCCCCUUUUAUAUGAGAUAAUGGAAGUUAGGUGAACCAAUUGUGGUACUCAUUUCACAAUAUAUAUAAAUCAGACCAUCAUGAUGUGUGCAUUAAACUUAC